AUGGCAAAGGAAAUCGAAAAGAAGGCAAAGCCCGUUGACUCGGCAAAGUCUAUCGCCAAGAAGAGAAAGAGAAAGCACGCGCGCGCCGGCGCAGAUGCUGAAGAAGAGACUCCCAAGCAAGUCGCCAAUGGCAAUGGAGCAGUGAGCGACGAUGACAACGAGAUCGAUAUCGAGCAAAAGAAGACUUCCUCGAAGAAGAGCGCCACCAAGCAGAAGGUGUUGUCGAGAAAGCGGAAAGUAAACGACUCGCCCAGCGACGACCAAGACGACGAAGAGAAAUCGCAAAGUGAAAACGACGAUGAAGAUGGCGACGAGGAAGACAAGGAGGAUGAGGACGCUGCCGAUGACAAGGCCGGUGCAGACCUUCCCUCUGUGGAUGCUGUCCGUCUGCCACAGACGGAGGAGGCGCCGCAAAAAUUCUCAGACUUGAACCUCUCGGACAAGACAAUGAAGGCUAUCGGUGAUAUGGGUUUCCAGACUAUGACGGAGAUUCAGCAACGGACCAUUGCUCCAUUGCUCGCUGGACGGGAUGUUUUGGGUGCUGCAAAGACUGGUUCCGGAAAGACUCUGGCUUUCUUGACCCCUGCUGUUGAGAUGCUGAGUGCCUUGCGGUUCAAGCCUCGGAACGGUACCGGUGUUCUUGUCGUCUCUCCCACUCGCGAACUAGCUCUGCAGAUUUUCGGUGUCGCCCGAGAACUCAUGGCCCAUCACUCCCAAACCUACGGAAUCGUCAUCGGAGGCGCCAACCGCCGCGCCGAAGCCGAGAAGCUCACCAAGGGCGUCAACCUCCUUAUCGCAACCCCCGGCCGUCUCCUCGAUCACCUUCAAAACACUCAGGGAUUCGUCUUCAAGAAUCUCAAGACCCUCGUCAUCGACGAAGCAGACCGCAUCCUCGAAGUCGGUUUCGAAGACGAAAUGCGCCAGAUCGUCAAGAUCCUGCCCGCCGAGGAGCGUCAGACCAUGCUCUUCUCCGCUACCCAAACUACCAAGGUCGAGGAUUUAGCACGGAUAUCGCUGCGUCCGGGUCCGUUGUACAUCAACGUCGACCACCGCAAGGAACACAGUACGGUCGAGGGAUUGGAACAGGGAUAUGUGCUUUGCGAAGCGGAUAAGCGGUUCUUACUGCUGUUCUCGUUCCUCAAGCGUAACCUGAAGAAGAAGAUCAUUGUUUUCUUCUCCAGCUGCAACUGCGUUAAGUACCACGCUGAGCUCCUCAACUACAUCGACUUGCCGGUUCUGGAACUCCACGGCCAGCAGAAGCAGCAGAAGCGCACCAACACCUUCUUCGAAUUCUGCAACGCCACGCAAGGUACCCUUAUCUGUACUGACGUUGCUGCCAGAGGACUUGACAUUCCCGCCGUCGACUGGAUCAUCCAAUUCGACCCCCCAGAUGACACCCGUGACUACAUUCACCGUGUCGGUCGUACCGCUCGUGGUAAGGAAGGCAAGGGCCGCAGUCUUUUGUUCCUGCAACCCUCCGAAGUGGGCUUCCUCAAGCACCUCAAGGAGGCGCGUGUUCCUGUAGUUGAAUUCGACUUCCCCGCAUCGAAGAUUGUGAACGUUCAGUCUCAGCUUGAGAAGCUCAUUGGACAGAAUUACUAUCUUAACAAGUCCGCAAAAGACGGCUACCGCGCCUACCUCCAAGCCUACGCCUCGCACUCCCUCCGCUCCGUCUUCGACGUGAACAAGCUCGAUCUUGUCAAGGUUGCCAAGGGCUUCGGCUUCUCGACGCCCCCGCGCAUCGACAUCCAGCUUGGUUCGAGUCUAGGCCGUGAUAAGAAGCAGCAACAGGGACGGAGGAAUUAUGGGUCUCAGCCUAAUGGGAAGGGGUUGAAGUUCAAGAGGCAGAGGAGGGAUGAGUAG